CACGAUAAAUUAAUCAACUGAUUUGGGAAGGGUCCAAAUCGCACGCCGCAGUUGGAUGCCUCAGGCCUUCAAGGGCCAAAAAUAGCCCAAAAGUGUCUCACAUGGGCCCAAACGGGUUAGAACCACACCAAUCACUCCUCCCGCGCUCUUGUUUUCUCGCCUUCUUUUUCUCCCUCGCCAGGACAUCUGAUCCUUUCUUGUAUCUAUAUUCGCUUGUGGAUUUCUGUUCCUUUUUUCGCCUUCGAUUUCCGCCCUUUUCCCACACCAGAGUACAGGGUCCCCUCGUAUCAUAUCAGCCGAUCUGCAUGUUUCACCGUCCCACUCGUCUGGAAUAGCACUUGGACACCCGAUUUUCUUUCGGACAGAACCAUUCGUCAGCUCUGCAUUGAACACGAUACACCUCGUUAGAUCCAUCCAUCGAUCAUCAACGCUCGUUACUUGGACACACUCGCUCGGAGU